UCAUGCCAAAGAUUGACUGGUUCCCCGACUACUCUAACACGGUGCUUAUAUCGUACAGAAAAUUUAAAUAGUCUGGUGAUUUGGACUUGCUAAAACUUGAACUGACUUCAACGAUGUCAACCAAUUUUCCUUCGUUAUUUCCCAAAUUAUCCGAUCCUUUAUGGUUUGACAUUGAUAAACCAUUUGAGGAUGAGAGCCAGUUAGCAGAAGAAGAGAGAGAACAUCAAAACUGGCUGAAAAGUAUUGAAGAAAAGAACAAGGAUGUCAUCCCGAUAGGAAAGACAACUGCAGAGCCUUAUGGAGACUACGAUGAAGAUGAGGAGGAAGACGAAGAUGAGAUUGAGUCCGAGGAGGAAUCAGAUGAACCUGAUGACCUGGAGGUGACAGACUAUGACCAGGACUCACCCGAUGAUGUGGAGAUGGACAUGAACAAUGAUGUGGAGGCGUCCAACUCACCAACAUGGAUGAUGUGAUGAAAAUGGAUAACGGACUCCCCAAAACCAGCCAGAAUCAUGGUUCAUUGUGACAGCAAGAUAACAUGCAAAGGAGUUUGGGGUUUCUUUUGGCUAGCUGUCCAUGUGGUUCCAGAAGAAUACAUGUCCUGAGGUUAAGAUGCCUAAGAUGGAACUUCCAUUGCCAGUACUUCCUCUGGAGUCUGGACAGAUGUAGUUAUUACCAAUUACUGACUCUGUCUUGUUCUAAUCUAAGCUCACCAAACUAUUGAAACGUACUAAACAUGCAAUGGAGUGUUGGAACUGUACUGGUUUUAUGAAAUGUCGUGGUCUGAAAUGUGGAAUUCUGUGGACGUUGGGAAUUUUCCUGAUGUGGCAUUUUGUAUAGGAGCCUUCCUUGAUCCGCGCUGAAACCAAUCAAUGGGUAUUACUCAGACUUGGAGGCAUGAGGUUUUUCGGACUUUUUGAAUCUGAGAGCAAGACUUCAGAAAGAAAUGCAUCUUUCAGACCUUUCAUCCAAUUUUCAGGUGUUUUGUUUAAUUGACAAUCUCAUCCCUAAACUUUCCAAAUAUUUACCUACAAUCCCGGCCAAAAUGGUUGGGACACUUGGAAAUAACCUUAGCCUCCAACGGUCACCAACUCCCCCGCUCAAUUUUUGUUCUCUGCAGCUGAUGAAGCACACACCGCGCAAUGAGAGACAACAUUGAGUGGGGGCCGGGGGGUUAGGGGCCCAGCGAGAUUUGGCCAGGAUUGUAGCUAGCUGUGCUGUCUGAUCUUAACAAAAAAAUCUAGUGCUGUGCCAGAAUAUACCAAAUGUUUCAUCAUUCAUCAUAUGCUUAAAGAACAUUUUUUCCACUUUGUAUAUUGAAAAAAAUUUUGGCAGUUAUUUAUUUUCUUAGUUGUGCGAUUUUGAUAUUUGUCAAAAAAGCCACUUUUACGAAAGGCCGGUUGGCUGCUACAAUCCUUUGAAUUGAUUGUUUUCAAACUAAAAUUGAUAAGUGAAUAAAAUAUUACAAAUGAGA